AUGAGUAAAAUAUGUUAAAAGCAUAAAAAAUUCGAGGAAAAAUUUAUCUGCAUUCACAAAACAAGACUACAAAAAGAAGGUAACAAAUUUUCGUGCAUCAAAUGUUUAAACUGGAAAAAAUCAGACGAUUACUUAAAAUGUAUUGAGGAUGUUGAAGAAGAGGCAAAAUAAAAUGUAGCCAAAUAUGUAGAAAUGUAAAGCAAAAUAAUAAAUUCUAAUAAUGAAAUGAAGUAAAAAUAUCUUCAAUCAUUAACAGAGCUUUGUCAGAAGAUAAAUCAAUAUUUUGAAAAUUAGUAAAAGUCCAUUACUUCCUUAGUUGAACAAUAAAAUCAAAUAUUAACACAAAACAUCAACUAAGCUAAUUCACUUUUAAAUGAACGAUCUGUUUUGGAUUCUCAAUCCUUAGAUAAUUUUAUUAUUUUUACUACUUUAAAUGAAGCAAAUUAACAAAUUAUUGAAAAUAAAUACGUUUCUAUAAAUAAAUGUUUAGAAAAAUAAUUCAAUUAUGAAUUUGCUGAAAUCUAAUGUAAAGUAAACUAAUUAAUAAACAUGGAAUUUAAAUUUGGUAAUAUUCCAAAAUAUGAAGUUGAAUAAUUCAGAAUUAUAACUGCUGAUAAAAAAAAACUUUAAUUUCCGUAUUGCUAAGAUCAUUAAAUGUAAAAAACUUGUAUUUGUACACAUGAAGAUUGUUGUAAAGAGCAACAAUAAGAUUAUUUUUGUAUUAGUUGUGCUAUGAGUAAUCAUGAUUCACAUCUUAAAGGUAAUUUUAUAAAAACUGUAAAAAAAAUAAAGACUGAGCAGAAUGAAAAGCUGAAAAUCAUUAAAGAAUAAUAUGAAAUGCUUAAAUAAGAAGUUGAAAACAGAAUUGAUAAAGAAUUAACAGCAAAUUAAUAACAACAAUAGGAAAAUUUUGUUAAUUCUUAAACAAUAAGAGAAAAUCUUAAACGAUUAGAAGCUUAGAUUAAAAUUAAUCCUUUCGAUUAAAAUCAAAAUUAUAUUUUUAAUAAUAUUAAUUAGAAUUUAUUAUCAUAUGAUUAAAAUAUGAUCAAAUUAGAGUUUUAAUCAAAAUUAGAUUAAUUGGAAUAAUUAAAAUAACAUAUUUCAACAAUAAAAGAAGAAGAGUGUUAAUAAUAAUGCCAAACUACUGAAGAGCAAUCACUAACUUUAAAAUGA